UCCAGGGAGUUUCGCGCGUUCUUAGCAACUCGAAUUCAUAACAAAAUGGAUUCUAAUCUGAACAAAGAAUGCCUCAAAAAAGACUUAAUAAUGGCCUAAUAACAAACAAUGGGACUUGAGUGGAUGUCUUGAUCAUUCAUUAAUGACAAACGCUUCGUAAAGCUCGUGAUUUUCAGAGAAUUCUUUCACACUGUCAGACAAAAAAAAAACACACGACUGCUCACUUUGAACAUGGAGUUUCUUUUCAAGGCGAUAAUUCUAAUUCAUGUAGCCAGCUUCUGACAAGAAUUAGGGAGUUUUUGGUUUAUUAAUGUUGCCGUCUUUACAAAGUUCUACCAAGGCAAUUUCGACAGAUGAACCUCGAGAGAAAAAGGCCAAGAAAUAUCGUAGAAAAACAGAGAAAAGCAAAAAGAAACCCCAAGGAAAGUGUUCCUUCUUACCAGAUAUUAACCAGGGUUAUCUGAAUUCGAGUCAAUGGGAAGAGCGAAUAAUAGAAAGUCGCAGCAUGAGGCCUUCAAAAACACGGGUAAAGCAGAGAGGAGGGGGAUUUAGAGAAUACAUAAACCCAAACUUACCAGACACCACAAGUUAUGGUGGCUAUGGUAAUCUAAGAAAGAUAGCAAGUUUCAAGACAUCGGAUCUGCCGCUGGACUCACUCGGCGGCAAAAACAGGGGAUGGAGUUUACAAAACCCUAACCCUAGACUGAUGAACCUUCAAAGACUGACCGGCCGUUUCCAAAAGGAUGAGCCCUUUGCAUACGGAGAUAUUUUUGAAUACAAAUCUACGAAGACAGUUGCAAAACCACACAUUGAGUUUCUUUACCAGAGAAGAUUGUCAAACUCCCGAGAACAUCCGACAUUCAUCGGUACAAAUGGAUCAGUAGCCACGCUUCAUGACAGAUUCCAUUGUCCACCCAUAAAUGCUUCCCACAGCAACACCGCUGACCACCUCCCAUCCACGAAGACUGCUACAUCUAUACCAUCAUCCUUGCCGUCAGUCAUGGACGAGGGCUGUUGUGUGCACAGAAAAGCAUGUACGUGUGACAGGAGAGCAGAAGAAAAGAAUAACCCACCACCUAGAGAUGUGUUUAAGCGAUGGGAGAGAAGUUCCAGGUCGGUGGUAAGCGAGACCAGCAUGCACAGCAGUAGUGGUUCAAGUUUCUGCGAUCAAAAUGGAGAAUCGAACGGGAACUCGUGGAUAAACAAUAGGCCCAGCUUCCCUAAAACCACCAAGAAAAAGCCUUCGGGACUGUCGCUAGAGAACGCGAGAAAAACGAUGAAGAAAAUAGUGCCGCUUCGUACAGACUCGCAGGAGAAACUCUACGACAAGCGACGGAGAAGCACUCACACAACAUCAAACAUUUCUAUAGACAAGAAAUCAAAACACAAAAUGAAAGUCCAACCAGAGGAAAGUUCGUCCACGAACGAUGUUUCGAAAGAAGAGAUAAAAACAAAAAACGAAGAGACUGAAAGUAAAGAAGAAAAGUGUGUAGAGCCAGAUCCUCUGCUUGACAAGACAUCUGUGGAGAUGGAGGUGGAGUUGAUAAGCAUUGAAGACAACGACAAAAACUAUGACGUCAUAAGUGAAGUAGAAAACGAAACCAUGGUAACCAUUCCCUGUAACGCAAGACGGGUAGUCACGCCCAAACUUCUCCAGAUUCAGUCGGACGGACUUAAAGAUGACGAUGAAUUUUCAACUCUGCGAAAGAUGUUCACUAAGCUUGACAACGAUGGUGAUGGACACUUGUCAUUCAGUGAGCUCAGACGUAGUCUACCAAGUGACCUCACGAAAAGACAACUUGAUUAUUUAAAAAAGAUAUAUGCUAUGGCUUGCGAGAGCACUUUCUUUGGGUUUGAAGAAUUCGUGGCUGUUCAUCAAAUGUGUGACGUCAUUGCGCAUGUCAAGAAUUCAGUGUUCAAGGGAUUUGAAUCCGUAAAUAUUGACGAUAUUGAAGACUCACUUCCUACGUACCUGGAUUUAUUUAACACUCUCGAUGAAAACCAGACAGGUUCAAUCGAUGCUGCAAUGCUUAAGGAACUUCUUGCCUCGACUUUGAAUGUACCAAAGAAGAGUGACGUCAUAGAGGCGACACUGGAGGCUAUUGGCAAGACCAAUGGUAACAUGAUCAGUAAAGUAGAGCUGCUUGCCUUCCUACCGUUUUUCGUCUCAAUUUCAUCGUCUUAAUCAAGUGGUACUUAGUCAAAAGACAAGUUGAUCUGUUACCCUGGUUACGAUAAUUAAACCCAUCAGGUUCAAGUUUCAUAAAUCAAAUAAUGACGUAAGAGAACAGGCUGUCCUGGCUUGUCCUGUUACUCUGGUCACGACAAUUAAACCAAUCAGGUUCAAGUUUCAUAAAUCAAAUAAUGACGUAAGAGAACCGGCCAAAUAUCAUUUCUAAAGUCGUUUGACGUACACCAAAAGAAGGAAUGGACUGUGGGAAGCCCACGGAUCGCCAGAGCACCAUGCUUGAACUCUUACGAUGAAUCUAUUUAUCACUUGAAUGUAUCAUAAACAAUUCAAAUGGCUUUCCAAAAGACAUUUUUUCAACCGCUUUCUUCUAUGACUGGUAUUUUUUGUAUCUUCAAAGAAAAAAUAUUUUUGUGAACAUUCCCUCAUUAUUUAAAAAGUGUCGUAUUUUAAGUUGUAAUUAUUUUGCGAAUAAGUGCGAAGGAGAUUAAUCUGAGUCUGA